AUGAAUCAAAUUACCUACUUACCCAGUUCAAGUGCCAAAAUGACGACUUAGAUCAGAUACCUGACAUGUAAACCCCGGUUUUCUCUUCUCAGUAUCCGCCCUUUCAAUAUCUCUCUAUAUCUUGAGACUUGAAUGGCCAUUAAAGUUGUAAAAUCUCUCGCGAUCAUAUAUUUUUGUGAAGAGCUUGCGAAAAUCUUGUUCAGGUACUUCGAAUUCGAAGGAAGUAUCAUUGCAACAGGUGAGUAGUAGAGAGGGAUGUUCCAAAAAGGCGCGGUUUCAUAGUAGCAAAGGUAGUGGUGAUUUGGUUUCUUCUAGUGAAAAACUGAGUCCUGAUAAUGUUGUUCCUAAAGGAUCUCCUCCUAGAAAGGAAGGGGUGAGUUUUGAGAUUGAGGGUGAUGAAGAUGCAACUGUUACAACGGUGGAGAUUGACGGUGAGUCUUCUAUGUUGAGUAGCUUAAGCACUUUGUCUCCACAUGGAACUAGGGGAUAUAAAAGAGGUUGUUAGGGAAAUUAGUGAUGAGUUUGAGACUGCUUCUAAUCAUGGAAAAGAGGUUGCGUUUCUUCUUGAGGUUUACAAACCACCUUAUCAGUCAAGGCUUGCUGCAUUUAGAGGUUUAAUGUCUUGCCAUGUGCUUUUAUGCAGUUAUCUAUUCAAGGAUAGUGGAGAUGCCGGCACCUUCCAAGCCACCUUCGAAUCCUCCAUCUGGGCCGCCAAUACAAUUUUCUUCCAGGACAAUGAAAUUGCCCAAAGCAUACUGUGGGGAGCCCGAGAAAGAGUUAAUAUCAAAUCCGAUAAACCUUCAUCCACAUUUGAGAAACUUUAUGCAUGGGAAAAGAAAGAAAUUAUACAAGGAAGUUAAGGAUGAAGAGAGGUUAAGAGCUAUUUACAAGAAGCAAUGCAAGAGAUUGAAAGCAUUAGAUAAUCGAGGUGCCGAAUCUAAUGCUACCGAGUCAUCAAUAAGAAAAUUGCUAACAAAGAUAAACAUUUGCAUCAGAAGUGUUGAAACUAUAUUAGGGAGGAUACAUAAACUGAGGGAUGAAGAAUUACAGCCUCAGCUUGCAGCAUUAAUUAGUGGUGCUUCUAAUCAUAAGGAUGAGGUGGUUGUGACUGACUCGGGACAGACUCCAACGGACAAGUCAUUGGGGGAAGAGAUCAGCCUAUAGCUUGGAUUCAAUCGACGAAGAUGAUCUUCAUGGUGGCGAAACAUCAACCACUAAAGAGCCAAAAAUUUCAUGUGUCAAGAUUGAAGAAAUUAAAUGUUUGGCAUUUGGAGGAUAUGAUAGUGGCUGUAGCUCCAGUUCUGUGUUUUGUUGUCCUUUUGUUAUUUUGAAAGAUUCUUAAUCUAAAUGUCUUUUUGGUUAUCUGAGUAUGUAAGGGCCAAAUAUGGAUCAUUGUUAGGAUUUCUUUUCUUUUCGGAUUGCCCUUUGUUUUGUUAAUUUUUGAUGGGUAUGCAUGGAUUAUGGCCUUUUUGGCAUGAUAUUAUCCUUAAAUGAAUUAUCA